GCAGACGACGGCGGACAUAACACCAAACUGGCUAGAGAUGCCACAUGAACUGAUGUCAGUUAUACUUCAAAAACUAGGUGUGGUAGAGAUACUAAACAACGCACAAAAAGUAUGCACAUAUUGGCGCAUAGUUUGUAAGGAUCCGGCGAUGUGGAAAGUGAUAAAUUUUCCCCCAGAUUGUCUUGAAUUAAAUGAUUGGGAUAUGCUCCUGAAUCUAUAUAAACAGGCGGUUUUUCGGAGCUCUGGUGAAUUAAUUGAUAUUAAACUCGAGUCUCUUUGCAACGAUGAUUUACUCGAUUUUAUUUCUCAACGCUCAAGUAAGCUAAAAUGUCUAAGCCUUUCAAGCUGCUAUGCUGUUACAAGUAGUGGGUUGAGUCACGCAGCCAAAAGGCUACCACAUUUGGAGCAACUUCACCUUUUCUAUACCUCUAUUGAUGCAGAAGACAUUGAAGUGAUUGGAACCAAUUGUCCUCAGCUGAAAUCUUUCAAAUUGAACAAAGAGUUCAGACGCCCACAUAUCGAAUGUGAUGGUGAUGCCCUUGCCAUUGCUAAUGCCAUGCCUGAGUUACGCCAUUUGCAGCUUUUUGGUAAUAAAAUGACCAAUGCAGGUCUCGAAGCCAUUUUGCAUGGCUGCCCUCACCUCGAAUUUCUUGAUGUACGUCGGUGUUUUAACCUCGAUCUUGGUGGGAGCUUAGGAAAACUAUGCAUGGAACGAAUUAGAUUUUUUAUGUGCCCUAAUGACCCAACAGAAAACUGUGGGUUUAAUCCUCGAGCUCAUGCGUAUGAUGAUUUUGAUGAUAUGUAUUCAUCUGGGAAUUCUGAUGUGGAUGAAUUUUCCGGGGAUGAUUCAUAUAACGACUAUGAAUUCUCCGAUGGUAGUGUCAUUUCUGAAGAGGAUGAUUAUGAUUACUACGAUUGAAAACGGGGCUUUGUUGGUUAACCGAAUUCAUUACCGGCAAAUAAAUCUAUCGUGUUAGUAAUGCUUACGUCUUUGGGUGGUUGUAUUGGUUUGAUACGUGUGACGUUUGCAACCCCGCUAAGUGUUAGUUGGUCUGGAGAUUAUAUAUUUAUAUGCACAGAUAUUUCUCUAGGUGUGUUCGUAAUUCAGGUCAAGGGAAAUAUCAGUCCCUUUCUUUUAUUCCAA